ACAGGAUGCACCACCUCCGUUGAUUCAAUCCGAACCACAACAUCUUCAUCAGCUGGAACAGAUAAUCGGAACGAUCGACCCGAACUCGAUAGCCACUCCCACAUCCGAGAUUCGAAUUGAUGAAGACGCCGUCAAAUCAUAUCCAUCGCCUUCGUUUUGUUCUCCGGCUCCAGUAACAUCCGAAAUCCUCGCAAGAAAGAACGUGUUUAACAAAGGGGAAAUGCAAGCAUUUAACCAUGAGAUAUUAUCAAUAGCCACCGGUCCAGCAGCCCCACUCUUUCCACCCUUGAAUCAGGAGGAGAGGGAGAUUCUGUCUCAGAUUAUCAAACUCACACCACCAAAUACGAACGCCUUCAAUGCCCUAUUGUCUCCGUACGAAAACACUUUGAGACGCUAUCGGAUCGAUCCCAAGAUAGAUGACAAAUAUUACACAUUUUUACUCAAACUCAGUUUGGUACCUGGUAGCGAUUGGAAGCAAAAAUGGGCGAGGGUUUUAUCAGAUCAAGCCAUAUCUUCAGGCUUACCUCCAAAGCAAGCAAUCGUACCUACUGCUACUCAAGUUCAUCCAACUGCCCAUGAUCCAAGAAGAAUAAAACAAACAGUCUAUAGCGGCACACAGGAUAAAGAAAAGUGGAAGGCCAUCAACAGCAACGUGAAACCAGCUACUCAUCAGACAGCUGCCCACUCAAAGUCCCGCCCUCCAAAAUCGGUCCACUUUCUGCCCUCGAAAGCUGAAGAGAAUGAUCACAAUCAAAUCAAAGAACCGCCAGCAGCAAGAGAUCUUUCAUUGCCCGUUGAACUUCAGUCCGAGAUUAUCCAGUCAAAAAUGACCCUUCUGAUCGAUCCCAUUGAUGUGAAAGCUAGGAAAUUCAGACGAGAACAACUACUGGCUCGUUGUAUGAAUAAAUGGAUGAAUUCGAUAAUUUAUUGGAAUACGCUGAAUUCAGAGGCUCAAUCCGCUCGACGUGUCCUCGACAUCAAUACUGCACAUCAAACUUGGACGCGAAAAUUCCGUAAUCGAGAGAACAAAUUGAAAUUAGUGGAUACAUCCUAUAAUACUCGUUUAUUAUCCUCACAUCUAGAUCAAUGGAGGAAGCUGACGGUUUCGAGGACAAUCCAGAAGAAAUCACUAGCCUUGAGGAAUGCUUAUCGAAAAACCAAAGGAACGAGGGAAAGGAACCUGGGUCGUCAAGUCUUAAUUAUAUGGGCUAAUUAUAUGAAAUCAACGAGGAUGUAUAACUCCUCCGAUCGGCGAGUGAUUUACCAAUCAUUAAGCAAUUGGUAUCAAAAACUGCAAUAUCUCUCUCAUUUAUCUCACGCAGCGGAUAAUCUAUUAUCUAAAUUCGAUUCCAUUCAACUCCACCGGAUCUUGUCACAGUGGUUUCAAGAGGCUCUCUUGCGGUCGAAGCUCAGAAACUUUCUGCAUGGUCAGGAUUCUCAAGUAAAACAUCAAGUUUUUGUUAAUUGGAAAAUUUCGCUAAUCCAAUCUCGCCAGAGCCACUUCUUUUUACUCAAAUCAAGUUUUCAUAGACUUUUGAAGGCGUGUAGGAAAUUUCGUGCUCGCCAACGCAGGCUGGAGUUCUCAGAAAGUACAGUCUUGGCAUUUCGAAGUUCAAAUACUCAGUUACACGUUCUCAGGCAUUGGAUUAUUUCUGGGCGGGGACGUUUAUUUGCAAAGCUCGUCCAAACUAGAUUGAUGAGGAUGCUUUUGCAGCGAUGGCGGAGGCGCACGGCACACGUUCACCUUAUUCUCCCGCGCUUACAAAAUCAAUUCACUGUGCAGUGGACACUCAACCUUGCCAAUCAUCACCUCCAGCACUGGAUCCAGUAUCAUCAUACACUCACCCAACACUUUGCUCAAGCUCAGCAUUUUCAUAAACUACAUGCCAUUCGUGAAUCUUUCUUGGCUUGGACGUUUCGUCAUUGGAGGACUCAACAGCUGCAAACAGAAGCAAGUUCAACCCGAAUCUAUUUUUUACGCAAAAGGGUUUUAAUCGUAUGGAAACGCAGGAUACAGAGGAUAAGGGUAAAUUUAUGGCGUCAGGAAAAAACACUCGCACAUCUACGCGAUCGGUUUACCACAUGGAGACUGUUGUUUCACAAAAGACGGCGAUUGUCGAUAUCCUUAUGGACGUUCGAUCAAAGAAGCGCCGAGCGUCAAUGUAUGAAUGCGAUUUUCCAAUGGCGGAUUCGAUUGACUCUUACGAUCAGAAAUGAACAAACAGCCGUAGAAUUUGCUCAGCGAAAUCUUAUACAGAGGUUUUGGGUCACUUGGACCGACCGUCAUCAAUUGAUCAGGGUUCUCAUUGACGAAUCAAGUUUGGUUAUACACCGACGUUAUCAAACCCAAAAGUCGACCUUACUAGCUUAUUGGCUCGAUCGGACUCGAAUCAAGGUUGCUCACAACUUCAAACUUGGCGAGUUUUUGAAUCAUCGUCAUCGGACGAUGAUCAUGUGCGUUUGGGAAAAGUGGAGGGAUAAAAUCCGGUCGCGGGAGUUAGAGCCCCUUGUAAGGCAUCACCCACUUUGA